GUUUGUACCUUUAGCCUAGUUUUUAUAUUUUAAAGUCACACAACCUAACCAAAUUGAAUUGGCCAAAACUUCAAGGCUGCCACUGGCAUUGUCAUCUCGAAUGGCUAAUUCAGUUCAGAGUUGCUCUUCAGUCGUGGCUCGUUCUGAUUUUCUCCUGGCCGAUUUGGUAUUUGAUCAGACUCACUGCUUCAGAUCUUUAUCUUUCCCUUUUCAGCUCUCUGGUCUUCAUCUCAAAUGUGUAAAGUCUUCAAGACAAGUCGAGUCACAUAGAUUCAUCAGUACAGUUGUGAAAGCGAUGAAUAAUCUUGAUCAACAGGAAGUUGAUAUCUCCUUAAGCCCUCGAGUAAAUUCUUUAAAACCUUCAAAGACUGUUGCUAUAUCAGACUUGGCUACAAGUCUUGCUCAAGCUGGUGUUCCUGUUAUCAAAUUAGCAGUUGGAGAACCCGACUUUGAUACUCCAACUGUAAUAGUAGAGGCUGGGAUAAAUGCAAUUCGUGAAGGGCACACAAGGUAUACCUCGAAUGCUGGAACUUUAGAAGUUCGAGAAGCAAUAUGCCAUAAGCUUAAAGAGGAAAAUGAAAUUUCUUACAGUCCUGAUCAGAUUCUAGUUAGCAAUGGAGCCAAGCAAAGUACUAUACAAGUUGUGCUUGCAGUUUGUGCCCCGGGAGACGAGGUUAUAAUUCCAGCUCCAUAUUAUGUGAGCUAUCCAGAGAUGGCAAGGCUGGCUGACGCAACACCUGUGAUUCUGCCAACAAAGAUUGAGGACAAUUUUCUGCUGGACCCAAAGGUUCUUGAAUCCCAAAUCACUGAGAAGUCAAGACUACUGAUUCUUUGCUCUCCAUCCAACCCAACAGGAUCUGUUUACCCGAAGAAAUUGCUUGAAGAGAUUGCUGAAAUUGUUGCAAAGCAUCCUAGGCUUUUGGUUGUUUCAGAUGAAAUAUAUGAACACAUAAUUUAUAGGCCGGCAACUCAUACAAGCUUUGCAUCUCUACCAGGCAUGUGGGAGAGGACACUUACUGUCAAUGGCUUUUCUAAGGCUUUUGCUAUGACUGGUUGGCGACUUGGAUAUGUUGCUGGUCCUAAACAUUUUAUUACAGAAUGUGAAAAGCUACAGAGUCAGUUCACAUCAGGUGCCUGUAGUAUAUCACAGAAAGCGGCUGUUGCUGCCUUAGGAUUGGGUUAUGCUGGUGGGGAGGAGUGUGCUAUUAUGGUGAAAGCAUUCAGAGAAAGGCGGGAUUUCUUAGUCGAAAGCUUUAGUAAAAUGGAGGGUGUUAAAAUCUCAGAGCCCCAGGGAGCUUUCUAUCUCUUCAUUGAUUUAAGCUAUUACUAUGGAACAAUGGUUGAAGGAUUUGGAAGAAUAGAUGAUUCAGAGUCUCUUUGUCGUUACCUUCUAGAAAAGGGUCAGGUUGCAGUAGUCCCAGGGGGUGCGUUUGGAGACGAUAGUUGCAUACGAAUCUCUUAUGCUACAUCCCUCGCAGACCUCCAAGAAGCUUUCAAAAGAAUUAAGAAGGCAAUUAUUAUUCUUAGGCCUCCUAUGCUUAACUCAACAUAGAAACUGAUCUUUUGUAAUUUAUCUAAGUUCGAAAGUUUGUGCUUUGUAAUAGUUAUUUAUAUAUGGUUGUAAAAUGACAACUUAGGAGGUAUAUAUAUAAAAGAAAAUUUAAUUAUGUUAUUGAUUGACU